CGCGCGUGACACAUCAAAACUUGAUGAAAACAGACAGCUCAGUGGCAAACAGGCGAACAAGCAGCAGUACUCAGGGAUCUGUGGGUAACUGCCGUCAGAGAGGCAUAGUAACAUCUACAUUAGCUUGGAUUACUCAAGAAAACAUCGCUGCCUCCGACUGUAAAGCAACAGAUCGUAAAGAAGACGGGAUCUGGCUGUUGAGAUUUCACUCCUGUCAGCUGUCGAGGCUUUUCAACGUGAUGGAGUUUCCAGAUUUAGGAGAGCACUGCUCUGAGAAGACUUGCAAACGUUUAGAUUUUCUUCCUAUGAGAUGUGACGCCUGUCAAGAGAUUUUCUGCAAGGACCAUAUAACCUAUGCAAAUCACAAAUGCAUGUCCUCCUACAAAAAGGACAUCCAGGUCCCAGUAUGUCCUUUGUGCAACAUCCCCAUUCCCAUCAAGAGAGGAGAGAUGCCCGACAUUAAAGUCGGUGAACACAUUGAUCGGGAUUGCAAAUCGGAUCCUGCGCAAAGAAAGAGAAAGAUUUUUACAAAUAAAUGUUCUAAAGGAGGCUGUAAGCAGAAGGAAAUGAUGCGAGUGACCUGUGACCAGUGUCAUUCAAAUUACUGUCUUAAACACCGACACCCACUAGACCAUGAUUGUAAGACCGAUGGGAAACCUCUUUCCAAAUCAGGAAAUGCUGCUGUAAUGAGGGCCCAAAGUGCUUCCUCUGCCUCUGCCUCUAGUUCAUCUGGUUCAGGAUACUCGAGGGCUGUUUCUAAUGGUGUCAGUGGAAACAACAGAGGCCCCAGCACUGGUGCUCCCCAGCGAAUUCCUACAUCCGUUUCAGCUCAGAAUGUUGUAAUCCCAGCAUCAGCAUCCCUUCAGGCCGGCAUGACGGAGGAGCAGGCUUUACAAAGGGCUCUGGAGAUGUCUUUGGCCGAGUCGAGGCCGACCGUUCAACCGACCCUUACCCCUCAGGAGCAGGAGGAUCUGGCGCUUGCUCAGGCUCUCGCUGCCAGUGAAGAAGAAUACAGACGCCAGCAGAGGCAACAGGUACCCGGAAAGCUUAGCCGUCACUAGCAUGCUUAAGGAACGCAUGGGAGGGAGUCCAAACAGUCCAACUGCAGCCUUUCUUAAUCUGGGGCCACCGUUUAGACUUCAAGCUGUGCUAAUUAUCUACUAGAACCUGCACAUCUGGGAUAUCUGACCAGGAUCGAUGAUUGUUCAAUGAAGAAAUCCUCUUUCAAGUUGCUGAGAUGUAACCGCCUUCUACAAUAUAAGCACACACUUUCCCAGCAGACUCAUUUUUACUAAUGCUUCGCUCUGUACAUAUUUUAUAUGCUGAUCAUGAUGAAACCAUUCUAUUACCAUAUAUGAAUAUUGAAUAAAUUAUUUCAAAGAUGAA